AUGCGUGCGAUUCUAAACAGAGCAAGCAAUGAUAUAGAAAUAGAAAAAAAAUUAGGAGAAUCUGCUUGAUGCAUGAAUCAGCUUUAUCAUUCUGAUCCACAGCUUAAUAAAAAUUUUCAAGAUUGCAUUGAUACUUAUCAUAAGAUCACGAGCCUUUAUCUUCUAAGCAGGAUACGAUUUAAACAGUUUUAAUUUGAAUUCAUUAAUGCUAUUUUUAUGCCGAAUUCAAUAAAGAUGAAAAUAGCAGAACAAAUUUAAUUAUUUACGAUACUGAAAGUAAAAGAGAAGAUUGAAAAGUAUUGACAGCUCCAGAAGAAUUAAACUAUGGCACAUGCAUAACUCAACUGCCAUGUGGCGAAUUAUUCGUUUUAGGCAAAAUCCAGCUUCUGGGAUUACACUAA